CCAUCUAAGAGGGCGUCCCCGAUUCCAGUUACCAGUCCCUCAUGCGAAAAGUCAUCGCCUUAUCACACUGUCCCUCGCACGCCAAAAAAAGAAAAACAAAAAAACAAUAAUUAAUUAUAGAAAUAGAUAAACAUGAACCGGAUUCGUCGUGAGUUCCUCUCCGCCUCGUCCUGCCGCAGCCGUGUAAUUGACUGUGUCGUCGGUUUGUGUUACGUCUAGUUUUUUACAGCGCCCCGACCCUACCCCUUUUAGCGUUUUUUACAUGAUUCAUUUACGAUUUUGCUACUCUCGCGUUUUUUUCCGGAAACAAGAACGUAAGUCAACAAUUAGUGCAAAAAUCCCCGUGUCUCCUCCCGGGGUACCGUUUCGUAACCUGUUUUUUUAGAAGUCGACUCAAGUAGGAUAAGUUCGGAAUUCAUAAACAGUGUCUUUGAUUGGGAUCGGUCACAAUGUACACUUGGCCUCCAUUCUGUGUGUAAGCGGACGAAAACUGAUUGGAUCUUCGGUGACGAUCGAACGAACAGCGAAACGACCUAUUAGUAUCGAGAUACGCUGGCGGUUAUGCUUUAACUCUGCGGUAUUUGUGUACAAAAUUAUUCCUACUUCUUUUUGUAUCAAUUUUCGUAUUGUGUCGUGCUGCGAUUAUACAUUAGUAUUUUUUUAGCAUUUGUACCGAAGAAUUUUGUUUUCUAAUUUUGCGAGUUUAGCGUAUUCUAGUGCGGACUUCUGUUCUGUGCGCGACGGAAAAUUAGAGCUCCAUUAUUUUGUUCGUCUUUUGCAAGUAUACUCGAUAGAGAAAACGUACCUACAAAAUUCGCCGCCGAAUUUGCCGCACGAGCUGCUUUGUUUGAACCCGAUCGGUACAAAGGUAUAAUAAACAUCUACGAUUUGUCAUGUUCUUGAUUAUUUGAUCGGUGAUAAAGUUUAGUAAGAAUAAUGCGAAUCCCUGCAAUUCCCCGUUGAAGAUAGCUCCAUUUACUACAUUUCGUCCGGCAGUUUAAGUAUACUAGAAUCUAUUCAGAUCGAUCGCAAUUCAAUGCAUCAGUAUUCCUGCUUCAAAUUUUUGUGCUGACCUUUCGGAUCCAGAGGCUGCAGCGGCCGCAGUCCAGAUUAAGGACGAGGAUGGCUCUGAAUUGCAGCUACGAAGGAAGAUAUAUUCACCCCAGAAUGCACUGGUGUUGACCGUCAUGAUACCCAUUCUUUGGGUGUCACUCCAAGCAUGAAAACGUCGCUAGUGGCUACUCUUAAUUUGCUCAUGAUAGGGCUCAUACUGCCAUGCCUGUGUUCAGAGGACGAGGAAAGACUGGUUCGCGAUUUGUUUCGCGGGUACAACAAGCUGAUUCGACCGGUGCAGAACAUCACUGAGAAGGUUGAUGUCCGAUUCGGGCUGGCUUUCGUUCAACUUAUUAAUGUGAAUGAGAAGAAUCAAAUUAUGAAAUCAAACGUCUGGUUGCGACUGGUAUGGAAUGAUUACCAACUUCGAUGGGAUGAAACAGAUUACGGAGGGAUAGGUGUUUUGCGAUUACCACCGGAUAAAGUGUGGAAACCUGAUAUUGUUCUUUUCAACAAUGCCGAUGGUAACUACGAAGUUCGUUACAAGUCUAAUGUUCUGAUUUAUCCUCACGGAGAAGUUUUGUGGAUUCCUCCUGCCAUUUACCAGAGCUCAUGCACCAUAGACGUCACGUACUUCCCGUUCGAUCAGCAGACAUGUAUCAUGAAAUUCGGAUCAUGGACAUUCAACGGCGAUCAGGUCUCCCUGGCCCUCUACAACAACAAGAACUUCGUGGACCUCUCGGACUACUGGAAGUCGGGGACGUGGGACAUAAUCGAGGUGCCGGCAUACUUGAACACCUACCCGGGGGUGCCGACGGAGACAGACAUCACGUUCUACAUCAUAAUCCGCCGGAAGACACUGUUUUACACGGUCAAUUUAAUCCUGCCGACGGUCCUGAUCUCCUUUCUAUGUGUUCUCGUUUUUUACCUACCGGCCGAGGCCGGCGAAAAAGUUACUCUAGGCAUUAGUAUUUUACUGUCACUGGUUGUGUUUCUUUUGCUAGUCUCGAAAAUCCUGCCCCCGACUUCGCUUGUUCUCCCCCUCAUAGCCAAAUACCUACUAUUCACUUUCAUCAUGAACACGGUGAGUAUAUUGGUGACGGUGAUCAUCAUCAACUGGAACUUCCGAGGGCCGCGCACCCACCGGAUGCCGGUCUGGAUCCGGUCCGUGUUCCUCUACUACCUGCCGAUCAUCCUGCUCAUGAAGCGUCCGAAGAAGACGCGGCUUCGUUGGAUGAUGGAGAUGCCGUCGAUGACCAACGUCUCGUCGGUCCCUCCGCAUCCUCACUACGGGUCACCCACAGAGCUUCCAAAAAACCUGGCCCAGGCCUCGAGCAAGUCGAAGACGGAGGUGAUGGAGCUGUCCGACUUCCACCACCCCAACUGCAAGAUCAACCGCAAGGCCAGCGUCGAGCGACGGGAGAGCGAGAGCUCCGAUAGUCUCCUCCUCUCCCCGGAGGCCUCCAAAGCCACCGAGGCUGUCGAGUUCAUCGUAGAGCAUCUUCGAAACGAGGAUCAAUACAUUCAGAUUCGAGAAGACUGGAAAUACGUGGCAAUGGUGAUCGAUCGUCUACAACUGUACAUAUUUUUCAUCGUCACAACCGUAGGAACGGUGGGAAUUCUGAUGGACGCUCCUCACAUCUUCGAAUACGUAGAUCAAGAUAGAAUAAUUGAGAUCUACCGUGGAAAGUAAAAAUGCUCAAUUUUAGUUUGUAGUUCGCUGUAUUAUACCAUAUUGUAUUUUAAUAUUAUACCGUACUUUGCCACACGUACAGUAACAUACCGUACCGUACCGCAUUGAGUUACGAUGCGUGGUGAGGUACUGAGGUAAGCAUAUUGUGUCAGGGGUAUACUGGAUAUAGAAGAAAGCUCUUCUAUGUCAUACCCCGCAAGCUCCAUCGCGAUACACUGUGUUACAGUAGCGUCACUUGGAUGUUUCCCUCUUUUUUUAUUAGAUUUAAAGCUGUGCAAAAAAGUAAGGAAAACUCUGUCCUUUCUUAUUUUUUUUUAGGGUAAAUUGCGCUAUUUUCCUGCUUUUUAGAACGUGAAAUCUGGUCAGCUUUUCUGUAAAAGCAUCCAUUUUUACAGAUUAAAUGUGAGAGACUGUUGAGGUAGAAAAUAAACCAAUGAAGACAGAUAGGUAGGCGGUUUACUUGAACUUGUCACGCCAUGAAUAAUAAAAUUGGACAUGAUAUGCGCCUCAGAAUGUCGGACAUACUGUCCAUGAUGACUGUUUCAGAGUUACGAAAAUCAAAUAAAAAAACGCCGCCUAACACAUUCUGCUCAAAUGCACUCUAAGUGAGUGUUAGCAUUGCCAGCACUACAACUUAAAAGCUAUACUUUGUGUAGUUUUGAAAUUUAUAUGCAAUAGUAAACUGUUGACUUUGGUGCUAGGCCAAAUUUACUGAUGGAUAAAGUAUGAAUCAUUCGUUCGUCGUCAUCUGUCUCCAGUGUCAGGAACUAAGUUAACUUUCGUGGAGAGACUUUGCCCUGCAAAUUGAAUUUAUUAGGAAUAGUUCCAUGGCAAGAUUGUGUGGUGGAUUUCGACAAUCGAGAACUAAGUAAAGCAGUAAGCGGUAAUAAGUAAAAACCGAGGAGAAAAAAUCGCGGAAACAAGGCUAGAAAUGGACAUAGAAAUAAAUGCAGGACGUUUCGAUGUCUUACGACAUCACUAUCAACUGCUGAAAGAAAAAUAAAUUAAAACUAAAAAUAAUGAAGUAUAAAUAACCUGGCGAUUGCUACUUUUUUAACCCAGCAUUUGAGUCUCCCAAUAAUAAAAUCUAGCUAUGUGUUUACAUAUUUAAUACGUGGUGAUGAUAAUGAUUGGAUUGCAAGUAUCUAGUAUUCCCAAAUAAUAUAGUGAUAUUGUGAUGAUAUAGUGUUAUAUUGAGAACUAUAUUUCCAAAAUCUAAGAUGAACGUGACUGUAUCACAGUGUGCAUUAUCGCAUUGUAUUUAUUGCAUUGUACUUAAUUGUAUUGUAUUGUGUUGCAUUGCAUUGAUUUGUAUCAAGAACAAGUUAGUCACUCCUGUUGUACAACAUUUUUCCAGUAAGUAUUUGAGAUGCCAAAUUAAAUAUUUUAUAAGAGAUGGGAAUUAUGAGACAAACAUUGUACUGUUUUGUAAUCACAAAAACAGUGAGAGGUUUCGCAAGUACAAGGUCAAUUUUUGAUGCCUCUCUCUUCCCUUACCUCAUUACAAUGGAGACGUUUUGCUCAUUUAAAUUAUGUUUUUUAUAUGUAUUAUAUAGGCCCUAUCCUUUUUUAAUGUACUUUUUUAAAAUAGUUACUAUCAUUCGUCGCACGAUUUGUAUUUAUCCCCAACAAAAUUUACAUAAAAAUAACUUCUUAAAAAGAAAAUAUGAAGGAACGAAGUAUUCGUGAUAUGAUCAAUGUAAUGAGGUAUUAAUAAAACAGGAAA